GUUGCCUAUAAUUAUUGAAACUGAAUUAUUUUUAACCAAACAUAUAUAUUUCAAGAGUCUUGAUAUCAUUUCUACAGUAGUUACAUUUGAAAGACAUUUCCGUCUGUGCACUCCACUUAUAUUCGAGACGACAAGGAUAUAAAAUACAGUCACAUUUUGUUUUAACUGAGCCACUAAAGUCCAGUAUUCUUGCUAAUCUUGAAGGCAGCAUUAAUGGAUCCAAGUCAAGCUGGAUAUAGAUUAGAUUGGAGGCUUCCAAUACCAGCACCAAGAACAGCUUAUCAGAAUGAAGUAGCUCAAGAUCUAAGAUCCUCAUUACCUUAUGGUGUUGACUGCAUGUUUCACUGUGGAGGAUGUUCUGCUUUGUAUCCAAUGAUUUGGCAGCUACAUGAACAUCUUCAGCUGCACACACCUGGAGGCUCGUACCAUUAUGAUCAUCGUACACGUACAGCUUUCCCGAAAUAUGACACCACUUGCCAUGAAACUCAAACUGAUUUGGAGUGUGUUGGUAAGACAUUUAACCUUGUAUGCACAGAGACUCAAACUGAGGAAAUUCUGACAGAUACCUUGAACAGACAGGAUUACACAGAAAUGGAAAGCGAGGUAGGAGAUGAUGAGGUGUCUGUUACUGUUAAGGUAGAGACAUCUGAGUCCCAGCUAAAUGUUGAUAAUGGUGAAAUUUCCAAAAAUGAAGGUUUAGACAAUGAUGUGAAAGUUCCAAUAUUGACACCGGAUGAUCCUUAUUCAGGAGAUACAGAUGAGGGAUCCAAUCCUUGGUUCCCGGAUUCUAAUGAUGAUGAAUAUGUAUCCUCUGAGGGUCAGAAAGAUAUUGACAACACCAACAAAUUAGUUAAAAACAUGAUAAAGAAUAUGAAAAGUUUAAAUUCUAAAUCAUUAAAGAAUAAGGUGAAGGAGAGAAAACAAAAAGGAGCAAGGAAAAAACAGAUAUUAAAGUCAAAUAAAAAAGAUGCAAUAAAAAAUAGAAAAAGAAAGGUCAAGAAGGAAGAUUAUUUAGAAACAAAAAAACCUCCUAUACAAUGUAAAUAUUGUAACAAGUAUUUCCAAAACAGCUUACAUGUAAAACGCCAUUGCCUUCAAGAACAUCCUCUAGAAAAGAAUUAUAAAUGUAGAUAUUGUGAUGAAGCGUUUGUUACUGAAGCAGAAAUAUCGAAACAUCGGAAAAUUCAUCUUCGUGAGAAGUAUGAGUGUCAUAUAUGUAAAAAACAUUUGUCAUCAACACAAAAUCUUCAAGAUCACAUAACUAUGCAUACAGGUGAAAAAAUGUUUGAAUGCAAAGAUUGCGGAACUUACUUUAGGAGUAGGAGUCAGUUGAGUUUACAUGUUAGCAGACGACAUAACCCUAAUUUUGAUCACAUGUGUGAAAACUGUGGGCGUGUGUUUAAGUGCCGUCAGAAUUUGAAAGGUCAUAUAAAAAUUUGUUUAGAUAUCAGACCAUUCCCUUGUGAAAUUUGUGGGAAAAGAUUUCCACGUAACACAAAUUUGAAUGUACAUAUGAGAAAACAUACAGGAGAGAAGCCUUUUGUUUGUCAUACAUGUGGUAUGAAGUUCAUGCACUCUAAUACACUUACCAAACAUAUGUUGGUACAUACUGGAGAGAGGAAGUUUAGCUGUGAUAUCUGCGGAAUGAAAUUUAAAGCUCACAAUGCGUUGAAGGAUCAUAUUCGUAUACACAAUCAGGAGAAGAGGUUUACAUGUCAGUAUUGUGGUAAAGGGUUUAUAAAGAAGUGUAACAUGGUGACACAUAUCAGACAACACACUGGAGAAACACCAUACAAAUGCCAUAUUUGUGGACAAGGAUACAAGCAGAAUGUUUUACUGCGAACACACAUGCAAACUCAUAAAAAUGAGCCACCAAACAUUCAGACAGAUUCACACCAGCAACCUUCAUCUCCGCCAUCACAGCAUAUCAUGACAUCACAUCAACCCUCACAGUCCAUGCCAGCUAUGUUGUCGAACGCGCUAACACAGCCCACCUCGCACCAUGAUGUACCUGGCUCAAUAGCUCAUCUAACGUCCCAACAGGAUAUGACUAAUGCACUCAAUCAUUCUACACUUGACCAUGAUCUGACCAAGUCAGUCCCAGGAACAAGACCAAUGCAGCAGGUGGAAUCUGGCCCACUUCAUUCACAGCCUCCGUCGGAACAUAUUGACAGAUAUGGUUAUAUGAUGCCUAGAAUGUAAAAUACAAGCAUUGUGCUACUUUUUAUAUAAUUUUCAACAGAGCCUAUGAUUCAAAUAUCAAUUUAUAGUUAUGAUUUACGUUAAUUAUUUACUUAUAAAGCAUUAUAUUUUAAGCACAUAUAAAUGCAUAUGUAUCUUGACUGAUUUUACUAAUUUACAUUGAACAUAAUUAUAUAGUGAUAGAAUGAAAUAUUUUUCAUGUAUGUAAUGCUGAUUGUUAACCAUGUUAGUGUUUCUUAUAUAUUUUUAUUCUCAUGUUAAUAUCAUAUUCCUGUUAUUUUUACAAUAUUUCACAUGUCUACUGUUAUUCAUUAAAAUGCUUUUAAGUGGAUGUUAUUAUACCAUCACCACAUGGGGUGGGAGGCCCAUUUUUUGCCAAUUUGCCCUGGUUCAUCCCACUGUUACACUGUCAGUAGACAGGUUUGUGCCACUUGUAACAAAAGUUAUAACUGUCAGAGUCUUAAAAGUUUCUAAGAGUAGUUACACACACCUGGAUAUUUUGACACAAAUUUAUUUUAGAUUGGCAGAGUUAUGCUCCCAAAUUUUACAAAUUUGUGUCAUGAUUUUAAAAUAUUACGCUAGAGCAGUGCUUCUUAAUAGGGAUAUGUCAUCAAUUGAAUGAGUUUAAAAGAAUAUUUAGAGUUUAAUAUUAAAUAUUUUGACAUCAAUUGACCAAAAGUAUUAAGAGUUUUUUUAGUUAUUUGAUUUCCAUACAUUUCGUAUAAUUUAGAAUCAUAGUAUAUUUUGAAUUUUAGUUUCUUUAAAUUACAGAAAAAACAUUUUCAACAUUAAUGAGUUAAUUCAUACCAGUGCUUUGUAAUCAUUCUCAUAGUUAUAUAUUUGAUACCCAUUUGUAUCUUUUACUGGAAUGUUAUUUACCAAUCUAUAUAACAAUUUUUUUAAGCACAUAUGACCUGUAAGCAUUCCUUUUUGUGCAGUGUAUUUACAUUUUGUAUCUAGUGAUAAUGCAUUUGACUGUCCUGUGUUUUUAUUAGGGGAAUAAUAUAUGUUAGAAUUGAAACUAUAUCCUGACCUAUACAUGUAAAUAUCUGAACAUAUUUUGCUAUUACUGAUUUUUUUCCAGAUAUGUAAGAGAUCAAAGAUUGUUCAUCUGGUUUAUCUGAUAUAUAACACAUACAUGUACAGUAAACUUCACUAAUAGCGGACAUGGUUAUUGCAAACUUCUGGUUAUAAGGGACACUCUUUUUUGGGGCCCGAAUUUUUCCCUUCUUUAAUUAUUAUAAAGAUAUACGGUUAUAGCGAACACAGUUAUAAGGAAUUAUCGCUCAUAAAGAACUCAUUGUUUAGCCCCAAUUAAGUUAAAGUACAGAAAAUUACGCGUUUAUUAUGAACUCACAAAUAUCGGCUGUCUGUCAAUAGAACCUGCAUUUUCUACUUUUGUUUAAACUGGCAUUUUAUAAUUUGCGUUUAAACUGUACAGUUUAUUGUUGUAUGUACUUCAAUACAGCUAUUAAAAUUUUGUAUAGCAGUUCUAUUGCAUGAGUUCUUGUCAACAAGAUAAAAAGAUUAUUCAUUUUAUUCCAUUAUUUCUUUUCUUUAAUAGUUUUUCUUUUUUCACGAGGAAAAAACUAUGAUCAUUUAUAAUCGGAUUUCAAAAUACAUAUAUAUACUCAUGCUAUUUCUUGAGAAGAACCCACCUCCAUGGUCGAGGGGUUAUGCUAUUUCUUGAGAAGAACCCACCUCCAUGGUCGAGGGGUUACAGUCGAUGACUUAUAAUCCAGUUACCUCUUUGGCGUGGGAUCGAUCCCUGGGAGAUGCUUUGGUAGUUAAGCACAGAGGAAGGUAGUCUAGUACUGGUGUAACUCCAUAUCGAUGGUUAGGAAACUACCCGCCUAUAUGACUGAAAUACUGUUGGGGAAAAGGCAUAAAAUGAAACAAACAAACAAUGAGAAAAAUCCAUUGAAAAAGUACAAAGUAUGUUUGACUGAAAUGAAAUGAAAUCUAUUUCUUUCAUAAGUAAAAGUCUUAGUUCAAAUAUAAUAAAUGUUCAUUAUAAAAAGGAAGGAAAAAUAUUCUUUAUGAUGGAAAGAAAACGAAAAGCACCGAGUUUAGAAACAAAAUAUGGUAUUUUACGACAAAAUGAGAAAGGGAGUAAACAAUGGAGAACCCAAAUCAAAUGCUCUUCAAAAUAAAGAAUGAUGGUAAACAAUCAGUUUGUUAUAUGUAAAUCUGUUUGCUAUAAAAACUCCUGAUAAAAGGAACUAAUUCGCUAUAUGCUUACAAGAAACUCUGGAUAUAAGGAACAGAUUUGAAUGUCCCAAUGAGUUUGUUAUUGGAUUUUACUGUAUAUAUAUGUAGAAAUUGGUCAUAUUAAUGUAAUAUAUGAAUGUAUAAUAGAUACAAUGUAUUUAUCUUAUAAGAUGUGCUUUUACAAAUAUUUUAAAUUUUGAAUAUUUAUUUCUUGGUUGGUUUUAAGUGGCAUUGGCACAGUUAAAAACUUAAAAUUAUUUGGCUAUUUUUUAAGGCCACAAUUUAUGUUAUUUCAGGGCCAAGUGAGUUUUUGAGAUAACCUUCAAAUUAUGUAAUCUUCCUUGAUAUAUAUAUUAUAGAAAUUUCAUAUGUCCACUGAGGCUAAAGAACUGUUACAAGAUAUAUGAGAUUCUUAACUUUAUGUGGUUGCACAUUUAGAUUUUAUCAUAUGUUAGUUGUUACUGUGUAUAUGUUGAACUUUAUACAUGUAUUAACCAUAAUGAUUUACCUUAAUUGAACAAAUCUUUUUUAAACAGAGUUGGUAUUCAUUUUCCUGUUAUAGUAGACUUAAAACUUAUAAGUUCUUAUCUUAAACAUAUUUUGUUUCAACGAUACUGAUCUUGAGGAAAUGAUACCACUUUUAGUUUGUUAAUGUAUUUCAUUUAUGUACCAUCUACAAAGUUCCAUUUCAUCCCAUGCAUAUAUAUCAAACAAAGAGCAAACAGGAUAUGUGGGAGGUCUAUUGUAUUAACCUUCCGCCUGUCAGUCAACAUUACUUUAUUGAAGCUUUGAAGGAUGUGGUUUUUUUCAUUAAUUACAUUUAUUGAUGAUCUUGUGGCUAUUAAUGCUUUGAUUUUGCAAUUGUUGAUAUAAACGUUCAAGUUCAGUCUUUGCAAUUGCAUGUAAUUUACAGAGGGUCCAUAUAUUUCAUUUUCACUGUCAUUUUUUUCAUUAUCACUUUACUUUGAGAAUUAUCAUUCAGUUUGUAUGUGAAAUCUUUUAUCCUUUUAUCUUUGAGAGUUAUACUGCUUCAGACUGGUUUUUUCUUUGAGCAAAAUGUGCAUGUUUUACCCCACUGGUUGGGAAUGUUCCCGAUUUAUGAGGAUAUUCAUAACCGCAGUAUCUUAAUGUUGUUUUUCUUACUGAUGUGGUCAGGUCAUUACCUACUUAUUUGUUUGUUUUUCUCCUAGUAAUGUUGUCAUAACAUUUACGGAGUUAUGUUUUGCUUGAUUUUCAAUUUUAGAUGCUGGUUAGUCCGAUAAUUCUAGUGUUCUUGCUUCUUUAACGAAAUUGUCCAAUGUCAGGUAAUUGUGCAGUGCCUUGAGAUGCAGUCAUUUUGGUAUGCAGUUUUGAAUGAUUUGUAAUGUAAUUUCUCUGUGUUCCAAACUUUGCAGUUCAGGCCUAAUUGUUUCAAUCAUAUGAGGAAUAUAUCAAUGUUUUCAUCAGCUUCCUAUUGUGUCUGUAAACAUUUUUUAAAAUUUUAAAAUUCUGAUUUUUUCUUUGAAGGAAAAGUAUUCUGUCUACAUAGUUUUUGUUGUUUGUAGUUACCCCAGGUUUUUAAUGUUUCAAAAAUGUCAUUUACUUCUUCCCCUUCAUAGUGGAGAGAAAAGAGAGCUCUGAUUUUUUUGUCUCUUUAUGUCAUUUUAAUAACGGUUACAUCUUAUUUGUU